AUGAAUGUGAUCUCUAAAAGUGGAAAAAUUGAACCUAACUUUGUAAGCCAAGGAAGUUUCACAGUUAACGUUCCUACAAGUUUCUUUCCAAAAGUGGAAAAAUUGAACCUAACUUUCUUGGAAAGUGUUCUAAGAAAAGGAUUUGAGGUGAAAGUGAAGAAUAAUGAGAUUCUGUGUGAAGAAUGUUCAUCCUCUCCUGCACUUUAUAGACGCUGUGCGGAACCUUUUAGUUGUGGCGAUCAGGGCGGUCUCUUGUUCCCUUUCUGGAUACAUGGUAGAGAAGACUGUGGCCACCCAGACUUUAAGCUCCACUGUAGCAGCAGAUUGGCAGAGCUUAACGUCUCCUCAGGGACGUUCAGAAUCUUAGAUGCAAACUAUGACUCUCGUAUCGUAAGACUUGCCAGAUCGGAUUUUAAGGACAUUAUGUGUCCCACAAACCCACUACAUGUGCCUUUCGAUAAAAGCGUCGUCCUUCCAUUUGCUCCUGACACCAUGAUGCUAACAAUUUAUUACCACUGCGCAGACUUAUCAUCUAGUAUUGAUGGUACUUCCGCUAACGUUGGAAGUCUUGUGUGUGGGAAUUAUGACGAAGAUUCAAACAACUACUAUGAGAUGAGAAAUAUAACUGAUGUUAAUAGUGGCCGUGUGUCUACGAACUUGAAGGAAUCUUGCAAUUCAUACGUCAGUAUACCUGUGCCUGGAUCGGCGUUGUACACGCUGCGUCCAGAGAAUUUAACGAAGACUCUUGAACAGGGUUUCGAGCUUGAACUUAAUCAAGACUGUUCAGUGUGUUUAGAGUCUAAGGGUGCUUGUGGAUACAAUGAGACUUCAAGAUCAUUCGUCUGCUAUUGUAACGAUGGAACCUUCGGCAAUAAUUGUAGCUCUAAAAAGAAAAGUCACGGGACUUUGGUCAAAGCAAUUCCCAUAUUUGGGGGUUCAGUAGCAGGAGUUGUUUUGUUCCUGGUCUUCUUAACGUUGCUUCCCUGUUUGAUCCGGAAGAGAGAAACACGGCUGAGACAACAGAAGCUGAAGGCUCUUAUUCCACUCGAACACUAUACUUACGCACAAGUGAAGAGAAUUACAAAAUCAUUCGCGGAAGUGGUUGGGACAGGUGGAUUUGGAAUUGUUUAUCGAGGAACACUUAGUGACGGCCGUAUGGUUGCGGUCAAGGUCUUGAAAGACUCAAAGGGAAACGGUGAAGACUUCAUCAAUGAAGUUUCUAGCAUGAGCCAAACAUCUCAUGUUAACAUUGUCUCCUUGCUUGGUUUCUGCUCCGAAGGUUCUAAAAGAGCAAUUAUAUAUGAGUUUUUGGGAAAUGGGUCCCUUGAUAAGUUCAUCUCAAACAAGAAAUCGGUCAAUAUGGAUUGGGAGGCACUAUAUAGAAUUGCGCUCGGAGUUGCUCGUGGUCUAGAGUACUUGCACCAUGGAUGCAAAACAAGGAUUGUACAUUUCGACAUUAAACCACAAAAUGUACUCUUAGAUGACAACUUCUGUCCCAAAGUUUCGGACUUUGGCCUCGCGAAGCUAUGUGAGAAGAAAGAGAGCAUCCUAUCUUUGCUAGACACAAGAGGUACAGUAGGGUACAUUGCGCCAGAGAUGAUCUCAAGAGUUUAUGGGAAUGUGUCGCACAAGUCAGAUGUGUAUAGCUAUGGAAUGUUGGUUCUUGAGAUGAUUGGUGCAAGGAACAAAGAAAAAUCUAAUCAAGCCUCUUCUUCUAACACAAGUUCGAUGUACUUUCCUGAAUGGAUCUAUAGGGAUCUUGAAUUAGUAAAGGAUAUUGAGGAUGGAAUCAACAACGAGGAAGACGAGGUAGCAAAAAAGAUGACAUUGGUGGGCUUGUGGUGUAUUCAGCCUUCUCCACUAGAUCGCCCACCGAUGAACAGAGUUGUAGAGAUGAUGGAAGGAAGCUUGGAUGCUCUCGAAGUCCCUCCUAGGCCUGUUUUCCAAAUUCCCACAGUGGGUUUCCAAGAUUCUUCCACAUUUUCAGAGGACACCUCUGUUUACACUCAAGAAUGAUCCAAGAAGCCUCCUUGGAAUCUAUCAAAGCACGAAAGCAGCUAUACAUAUGUUCAAAAAAAUAUUCUUGUAAAAGCUCUUUGGUGUUUGGUGGAUAAGUUAGAAGGAUGAAGACAAAGUAAUUAGGAUAAAGUGUGGUAAAUGUUUACAAACAAGUUUCUAAUUACACUCCAACUGAAAGUUUAUUUUCCAUGUUU